AUGCCUAAAUAUAAUGACAAAUUUAGCAAUAGUUUGAGCUCUUCGGGAAUUGAAGAUAUGGCUUCUACAGCUCCAGCCAUAAGACAGCCUCAAUACAUACCCCCGCAUGUCAGGCUCUAUCAGGCCAGGCAUAAGGUGCGCCACAAGGAUCUCGCUACGGAUAGUGGUAUAACUAUUGAUUUGUCCGAUGAGGAAUCGAAGAGCUUGCUUUCACAUAGUGUUCCGUUUAUCGAUGAUAAACGGAAUACGGUGUUUUCAAAUUGCUCUUCUAUUUUCUCUUUGCGAAGCCCUUAUACGACAACUAGUGAGGCUCCCGAUGCAGUUUCAUGCUCGAAGGAUGGGGUGGGAUUUGUUCCUGGAGAUGAGCUGAUGCUUAUCAUGGAGAAGGAUAUUUCAUAUGAAUCUAUGGCAUUAAGUAUGGAGCCGGACGCUGCAAGCUCUGCGGACUCCCUCGAGCUUUUGCACUCUCUUGACUCGUCGUUGGGCAGAAUGCCAACCCUCCCUCCUAGGCAGGCCCAAGAGGAUGCAAAGUAUCGUCAAGAAAUUGGUGCCUUGAAGUGUCGGAUUCAGAAGUCAGAAUCCCGAAAGAGUAACCAACUGGAACGUGAAAGAAGACAGAUUCAAAAAAGAUGUCUGUAUGUCGCAGAACAAUGGCAGAACUUAAUGUUCAUGGAUCGGGAUGUCUGGUUGAUUGAAAUACGGAAGCGCAACUUGGAAUGGGAUGGAAUCCCAUGGCAGUUCAAAAACGAAAUUUACAGCAUGUGUCUCUGGAGUUUCACUUCUUUUCCCAGCGAUGCCGUAGAUCCCGCCAUCGAGAGGCUCUUCAAGGCCAUAAAACUUUUGUUUUUCGAAAGGACACAGGAGGUAGCAUGGAACCUUCACAGAGGCUCCAAAUGGUGGCAAGGCACGCCGCUAGAACCUAGAAUCAUAGAGGAGCUCGCUGCUGAAUACCCUUCUCUCUUUUGUCACCUACAGGACACCCUACACCUCGGCAUAUGGCACGACUUUCUAUUCAAAAUCCCCCUUCAUGCCCUUGCCAAUAGCAUCAUUAACAAGCCGAGAGACUUCCCUUCCUACGAGGAUUGGCUUUUAUGUUUGUUCGAUGGGCUCAUUAUUUCCUCAUACUACCACGAACUCGACUCUGCGUGGCUCAAAAUAACCAAACACAUAUUAAAACAUAACCAUUAUAAGUUCUUCGGCAACGUUCAGGAAGUCAUGGAGGAGGUUGAGAAGGUUCAAUUGGAUAUAUAUGGCCUGUUGAACUGGCUGCGCCAGCCUUAG